ACUUUAAGUCAUUUUCCGACCGCCAUAUUGUUCGCGUCUUCAUGUUCGACGAAAUAUAGGAGGACAUGUCCGAUACAUGAACAAUUUUUUUUAAUUAAAAAAAAUUAUAACACAAAUCAAUACCAAUUAUCCAAAGGAAUAUAGAAACAAAUUAUUUAAUAAAAAAAAAAUGAAACAACUUGUAUGUGAAUAAUGUGUAAUACUUUAGUGGGAAUUUAAUUGUAUGUACAUGUAAAAAGAAAUGUGUUCCCAAAUAAAAAGUGGUAUGUGUGUGUACUGUGCAAAAAAUCAAAAUAGAUAAUGCAACCCAGCAGUAAUUUUUAUCGUCGUCUAUGUGUAUUUCAUUCAUUAAUCCAACAUUCAAGUGUUAAUAACUUAAAAAAAAACCAAUUAUGUUCAUAGUAAGAAAUUAACUUAUCCCUUGACUGAAAAAAAAAUGUAUAUAUAGAUUAUAUAGAGAAAAUUAAGAAGAAAAAAAAAGAUUCUCAUCCAUCAGUGCCGCGAAACAAGUUUUCAAAUUUUACUUUUUUUUUUUAGUACACCCAAGAGAAACAAAUUGUACUAGAGCAAACAAAGCAGAGUUACUUUUGUUUUCUCUUUCUCUCAUUCGUUCUCACACAAUAACCUUUUUCAUCGAAUCAAUCUUUCAUCUCGCUCCCUCUCGUGCUUCGCGCAAAGUCGAAGCUCUUCGUAGUCGUCGUCGUCGUUGAAAUUGAACGUCGAAGCCGAACCGAAACCAAAAAAUCCGGGAACCAUAUUUUUCGGUUCUGUAAUCUGUUUUUGGCUUAUUUUUCUAAAUGAAAAAUCCAUUCAAUUACACAAGUGUUUGCUCUGAAAAUUGUUAGAAAAUAUUUUCCAAUUAAUUAACUGUGUUAAUAUGUAAAAAUAUAAUGUAAGUGCUCAAAGAAAGUCCAAGAAAAUUUCCAAUAAAAAAAAAACUACCAAAGUGAUGUGUAGUAUACAAGAAAAGCGUAAAAUCGCCAUUGCUGCUGCUACUUUGCCUUUUGCUGCUGCCACCAAAAAAUGUCUCGGGUGUUGGCGUUAAUUACAAAAAAAAAAAAAUAUAUAUAUUUUUUCCUAUUCUAAUUCCCAAUUUGUUUUCUCUGUUUUUAUGAAUUUUGUGGUAAAAGUGUUGAAAACCAAAACGUGCAACCUUUUAGCACCAUUUGGAAAUAUGUAGGAUAUAAUAUAUAUGUGUCAAGCAUAUACAAAUGUGAGAAAAAACGAUUAAAAACUGCAAAGCUAGUUUGAAAAAAAAAAAAAAAUAAUAAAUAUAAAAUACUUACCUACGUUAAAAACAGUUUAAUUUCAAAACAAGAACAAAAAAAAAAAAAAAAAUACAACAAAAAGAACGAAAAAAAAAAGAAAAACGCGUGUUUAUUGUUUUGUUUAGAAUAUUAUGGCCCAUCAGCAACCAGCGGAUAACAAUUUGAAUGAUGUGAAUAUUGCUUCCCCCGCUAAUAUAGUUUCUGUCACGGCCGGUGUCGGUGUCAAUGCCGCCGAAGAUCAUACAAAAAAUCACAAUUUAUUAAUAUCGCAAGCGCAAAACUUUCAAAAUGGAUCUGAUUCAAAUAGUAGCAACAGUAGUAGUAGCAGUAACAGUAGACACUUACAACAGCAACAUCAUAGAGGAGGCAUUAUGUCACACCAACAACAACAACAACACCAACACCAUCAGCAGCAACAUCAACAUCAACAACAAUCAGGAGGAAUAAUGAAUGAAAAAAUUAAAUCGCCCUCCGGUCAGGGUGGCGGCAAUACAAGUGGUGGUAGUAACAAUCCCGUUGGAUUGCCACCAAAUAACAACGAAAAUCAACAAAUACCACAGCAGCAGCAACAGCAACAACAACCGCCUCUGACUCAUCCUCCUUAUGGUGGAGAUAAUGCAAUGUCACAUUAUCAGCAACAACAACAACAGCAUCAUCAACAUCUCCAACAUCAACAACAGCAGCAUCAACAACAACAACAGCAGCAACAACAACACCAACAUCACUUGUCACAACAACAACAACAGCAGCAACUCCAGCAACAGCAUCAACCUGGCGGUGAGAUGCCUUCCAAAGAUGAUGGUAUCAAUACUUACACACCACCGACACCACCUCAAGUUGGUGGGGUAGGUCCACCCGGUCCACCGCCUGGUCCACCACCGGGUCAUCAUCCGUCUGCUUACGGAAGAUAUCAUCAUGGUGAUCCGAAUAUGGAUCCAUAUCGUUAUGGUCAUUCACCAAUGCAGCCAUUGGUUGGUACUGGUGGUCCAGGAGUUGUUGGCGGCAGUGGUGGUAAGCCCCAAUCGCAACAACAGCAGCCUCCGCAACCUCCACCAUCGGGUAUAUCAUCACCCAAUCGACCUCCUCCUCAGCGAUAUAUACCGGGUCAACCACCACAGGGCCCAACGCCAACGUUAAAUUCGUUACUUCAGUCGCAUCCACCACCGCCGCCACCGUCCCAACAUCGAUAUUCCAAUAGUUAUGAUCCCCAACAGCAACAACAGCAACAGCAGCAACAACAGCAACAACAACAGGGUUCGCAACAACAACAAGCGCAACCACAGCAACAACAACAACAUGGUCCACCACCACCUCCCCAUCAGCCAUAUGGUGGCCAACAGGGGUGGGCACCACCGCCAAGACCUUAUAGUCCGCAGUUAGGUCCAUCGCAAGCUUAUAGGACGCCGCCACCGUCAAACACUUCCAGAGGUCAAUCACCUUAUCCCCCAACGCAUGGGCAAAAUUCAGGUUCCUAUCCAAGUUCACCCCAACAACAGCCAGGUGGACCUCCUCCUCCACCACCCCAGACAACGGCGCAGGGCUCUGGUACAUCUCAAUAUUCACCAUACCCGCAGCGAUAUCCCACACCUCCAGGUCCAGCGACAGGACCAAAUCACAGGACUGCCUAUUCAACGCAUCAGUAUCCAGAACCAAAUCGACCUUGGCCAGGUGGAUCCUCGCCUGCUGCGAGUCCUGGACCUGGUGGUCAUCCACAUCCUCCAGCAUCUCCACAUCAACCACAACACGGUGGGCCACCUCCCAAUAGUCCUGGCCAUGCUGCUCCAAGCCCAUCGCCUCAGCCAUCGCAGGCAUCUCCAUCACCCCAUCAGGAACUUAUUGGUCAAAAUAGCAACGAUAGUUCAAGUGGUGGAGGUGUCAGUGGCUUGGGCUCCGGCCCUCCUGGUACACCAACACCCCAACAAGUGAUGCGACCUACCCCUUCACCAACUGGUUCAUCAGGCUCAAGAUCAAUGUCUCCUGCUGUUGUGCAAAAUUUGCCUAUUUCGCGUCCAUCGAGUAAUCAAUCUCAGCCGGGCCAGCAAAUGCCACCAACAACUGCGAGUCAUAUGUCCCAUGGCAGUAGUGCAUCAAUUGCCGGCAUUCAACAGCAAUCUCAGCCACCAGGGCUGCCUCCGGUGUCGUCUGGAAAUUCUCAACAAUCGCCAGCGUCACAGCAACAAACUCCCCCAAAUCAAUCUGUGAACAGUAUGUCAGCGCAAGGUAGCUAUCAAUCACAACCUCCACCACUUUCUCAUAUGCAUGGCUAUAAAAUGGGACCGGGUUCAGGGCAAAGCCCCGGCUCAGCCCCACAAAAUAUGCCUCCAUAUCCACCGCCGCCACAACCGCAACAAUAUUCCCAAGGAAAUUACCCGCCUCGUCCACAAUAUCCAAGCAGCUAUGCACCAACACCAUCCACAAAUCAACCGUCAUCUGCCAACACUAUGCCACCUGGACCAAAUCAAUAUCCAGGCCGACCUUUGCCCAACCACAGUGGCAGUCAGCACACGCAGUUCCCGCCAUAUCAGCAGAAUUGGGUACCACCAUCGCCACAAAGUCAUGCAGGUAUGAUGGGCAAUCAUGUGCAAGGCAAGGGUACACCACCACCACCUCCACAAGCGAACGUCGUUGGCUCUCCGCGACCUCUCAACUACCUGAAGCAGCACCUGCAACAUAAGGGCAGCUACGUGGGAGGCUCUAGUCCAACUCCGCCUCAAGGUUACGGCAAUGGGCCGGCGGGUAGUAUGCAUUUGCCAAUGGGUCCACCCCAUCACAUGGGCCCGCCACACGGUCCAACGAAUAUGGGACCACCAACAUCGGGCCUACAACAAGGUGGACCACCAUCGGCACAAGUACCCACCGAUGGUAGCUCGACACCGGAUCAUGGUGUAAUUUCUCAAGAUAAUGGCAUUACAUCAUCGGGUUCCGCGGCGGCCAGCACGCAUCCAGUGACCUCCGUUGUGACAACGGGUCCCGAUGGCACUCCGUUGGAUGAGGCCAGCCAACAAAGUACACUGUCAAACGCUUCAGCAGCAUCUGGUGAAGAUCCUCAAUGUACAACACCGAAAUCACGGAAAAAUGAUCCAUACAGCCAAAGUCAUUUAGCGCCACCAAGCACAUCGCCCGGUGGUCAUCCUCACAAUGAGGAUUUUGAAAUGAAUUCGCCACCAAAUUGGUCACGAACACCCGCUAGUCCGCAGGUUUUCAAUAGCCACGUUCCUCAAGAAACUUACCGGACAUCAACAAAGAAAUCCGAUAGUUUGUGCAAGCUCUACGACAUGGAUGAGAACCCAGAUCGUCGAGGCUGGCUUGAUAAAUUGCUUAGCUUUAUGGAGGAACGACGAACACCAAUAACGGCAUGUCCGACCAUUUCAAAGCAGCCUUUAGAUUUAUAUAGGUUAUAUAUUUAUGUAAAAGAACGAGGAGGAUUCGUCGAGGUAUGCAAGGUUACAAAAAGCAAAACAUGGAAGGAUAUUGCUGGGCUUCUGGGAAUCGGAGCGAGUAGUAGCGCAGCUUAUACUCUGCGAAAACACUACACCAAAAAUCUUUUGGCAUUUGAAUGUCAUUUCGAUCGGGGAGACAUUGAUCCAUUGCCAAUAAUACAACAAGUCGAGGCUGGUUCCAAAAAGAAAUCUGCCAAAGCUGCAUCAGUUCCAUCACCAGGUUCUGCAACAGCUGGCUCUUCGAACUCCCAGGACUCGUUCCCGGCACCGGUGGCGGCGAACACAACUAUUGAUAGUUAUCCGGGUUAUCCGAGUGGUUAUCCUUCUGGAGCACAGCCCGAUUACAAUGCAGGUGCUCAAAUCCAAAGGCCACCGUCACAAACUAACGCACAAACCCCUCAUGCAGGAAAUACUCAAGCAACAGCUGGUGAUAAUAUUAGUGUCAGCAAUCCUUUUGAUGACCCGGUAGGUGCACAGCCUCGUGCCCCUUAUCAACAGGGUAGUACAUAUCCUCCGGUGUCUAGAUCGCAAGGUGCCCCAUAUCCAGGCCAACCAGGCUAUAACCAAUACGGGUCGAGCGAACAAUAUAAUUCUUCAGUACCGGCCGGGCAGUUUACUCAAGGUCAAGGCCAGUUUCCACCUCAAAAUCGUACCAUGUAUCCUCCCUAUGGUCCGGAGGGAGAAGCUUCCUCACCGGCUGCAAAUACGUACCCUUAUGCCAGCCGGCCUUAUAACCAACCACCUCCGGGAGCUACUCAAACAGUACCUCCAUCGGGUGGUAGCACGACAACGCCAACUGGUCCGCCAACUGGAGCUGGAGCAUCUCCCAGUACAUAUCCUCCUGCUGCUCCACAACAACCAGAUUACUAUAGGCCUCCUGAACAGAGUCCGCAGCCAAGGAGACAUCCAGACUUUGUAAAAGAUUCUCAGGGAUAUGCUGGUUACAAUCAGAGACCGCAAAUGUAUGGAGGUUGGCAAGGUGGUGCUGGACAGUACCGUGGCCAAUACCCGCCUUCACCUACGCCACAAGCAUGGUGUAAUUCCCCUCGUGCGUCUGGACCACCACCGCCGCCGAAUCAACAGGCAGCGGCUCAAUGGGAUCAACACCGCUACCCUACACAGUCUCAACCUCCAUAUCCAGCUAAUCAGCAGCAGCCGUGGACAAAUAUGACCUCACCACAGCAGAAUCCCGGUUCGCCACUACGACCACCGCCUCAACGAUUGCCAGGCGGUGGAUCAGUUGUUGGACUCUCAACUACGGUUGCCAUUAGUCCAGGCGGAAAACCACCCUUCAAUAUGCCGCCACCUCAACCCAGUGGAAGUAGUGUAGCUCCGCCACCUGGCCCACCCGGGUCGGUAGGUGUACAACCAGGUGUUGCAGUCAGCGGCCCAUCGAUUCCACCUGGACCAAAUGUGAUGCCCGGUGGAAGUAAAGCAACGCCUCCACCACCACAACCGGGCCAAUUUCCUCCGCCCGCAGCCCAAAUACAAAAGAAAGACAUUGUGUUUCCACCGGAUAGUGUGGAAUCUACAACGCCAGUCUUGUAUCGACGAAAACGUCUUGUUAAAAGUGAUGUGUGUCCCAUUGAUCCAUGGCGAAUAUUCAUGUCACUUCGGUCGGGUCUACUUUCGGAAAGCACAUGGGCGCUUGAUAUACUCAACAUUCUGCUGUACGAUGACUCAACUAUCCAGUACUUUGGUUUGACUCAUCUGCCUGGAUUACUUAGUCUUCUGUUGGAGCAUUUCCAAAAGAACCUCGCUGAAAUGUUCGAAAACGAAAACAGCGACUGUGUCACAAGUAUUUGUAGCCGAAGUAGGGCGCGACACUAUGAAAACAACGCUGACAAAGACUGCAAUUAUAAUGUGGACUUAGGACAACUAAUGGCACCCACAAACACUGACGAGAAGGUACUGCUGCUUUCGAACACCCCUAACUACACAAUGGUCUCACGCAAGAACAUGCCCGUCCGGAUACAAAAUGCCGAAGACGAUAUAUUCGUUUCGGAGCAGCUGAAGCCUUGGGACUUUGAUUCGAAUAAAAAGUACCAGCUUACUGUGCCAAUUGGUAGUGAUGCCUGGACGUACGAUCACAUUGAACGUGAUCCACACGAUAAUGUUAUCGACGUUUUUAAGUCUGAGAUCAUUGACAUUCCAUUUGCUCGAUAUAUUGGUGGCAGAAGGAGUAAAAAAGACAAAUCUGUCAGAUUGUUCCAUGAUUAUUUGGAUCGAGACGAAGCAGGUCUUGGAGGGGAUGAUGAAGAGGAUAGUAACAACAAAGUACUGGCGUUCAACAAAAAACGAAGACACAUUAGCAUUUCCAGCAACACAAGCAGCAAUAACAAUAAGAAUGGACUCAGUAAUCUUGUCGCAACUGCUAAGAAAAGUAAGUUAAAUUUCCUAGAAGCAAGCAGUGGCGAUGGUUCUUCAGCUCUUGCGAUUUCCAUUAAAACAGAGGUUAAAAAAGAGGAAAUAGAGGAUGUUGCUGUUGGUGCAGAUGGUUUGAUCUGUGAACGGAGUAGUGAUAGUGUCAUCAAACCAAAGGACCUUCUCGACAGUGACUGCCGAGAGGUGGACAUGGACAUUGAACACCCUCGUGUGCUUCUUAAUGGCGCUCCUCCGCCUACCAAAAGAUCUGAUUUCGAUCCAAAAUCAAGCGUCCGAGAUCCAGCAUCCGUGCUUCAACGUCGUCGCAUGUCUGGCUAUGAGGACGAGUGCUAUACCCGCGAUGAAGCUAGUCUUUACUUAGUUAACGAAAGCCAGGAUUCCCUGGCUCGUCGUUGCAUCUGUCUAUCGAAUAUAUUCCGCAAUUUAACCUUUGUUCCUGGUAACGAGACAAUUUUGGCGAAAUCUUCGAAAUUCCUCGCCCUGCUGGGAAAGUUGCUCCUUUUAAAUCAUGAGCACGUAUUAAGGACUCCAAAAACUCGAAAUUACGAUCGAGAAGAGGACACUGAUUUCUCUGAUUCUUGUAGCUCCUUGCAUGGAGAAAAAGAAUGGUGGUGGGAUUAUUUGAUUACAAUUCGGGAAAAUAUGCUGGUUGCUGUGGCCAAUAUUGCUGGUCAUCUGGAAUUGUCGCGUUACGAGGAGAUUAUUACAAGGCCUGUUCUCGAUGGAUUAUUGCAUUGGGCCGUCUGUCCAUCAGCUCAUGGACAGGAUCCAUUUCCGUCAUGUGGAUCAAACUCUGCGUUGUCUCCACAGCGCCUGGCUCUAGAAGCCCUCUGCAAGUUGUGCGUAACUGAUGCGAACGUUGAUUUGGUAAUUGCCACCCCGCCACAUUCGAGGCUUGAAAAGCUAUGCGCUGUUCUUACACGACACCUUUGCCGCAACGAGGAUCAAGUGCUAAGGGAGUUUUCAGUAAAUUUGUUGCAUUACCUCGCGGCUGCUGACAGCUCAAUGGCUCGUUCAGUGGCUUUGCAAUCGCCGUGUAUAUCAUACUUGGUUGCAUUCAUCGAGCAAGCAGAACAAACUGCUAUUGGAGUUGCUAAUCAGCAUGGCAUUAACUACCUCCGCGAGAAUCCGGAUUCAAUGGGCACGAGUUUAGAUAUGCUUAGGCGAGCAGCUGGAACUUUGCUCCAUCUAUCUCGACAUCCAGACAAUCGGUCAUUGUUUAUGCAGCAGGAACCUCGUCUUUUGGGUUUAGUUAUGAGCCAUAUAUUGGAUCAGCAGGUUGCUCUCAUCAUUUCACGAGUGUUAUUCCAGGUGUCUCGUGGUCCUGGCCCAAUGCCGUCUAUGGAAUAUCGAUUGCAGCAGCGUCAGCAGCUGCAUCAGCAACAACAGGACAACAUAAAAUCCAAUGAGAAUAGAAAACUGAUGCAGCAACAGCAACAGCAGCAGCAGCAUACACAUCAACAACUACCAGCAAUAGUUGUCGAUGAAGUCGGUUGCCCCACUGUCGCCGGUGAUUUAAGUACAAAUGCAAAUGUCGCUUCGGCGGCAGCAGUCAUAGCAGUAACGAACUUCUCAUCUAAUGUUCAUAGUAGUAAUAGCAACAGCAGCAGUAGUUGUUACAGCAGUUCUAGCCUAACUUGUAACAAAUCAGAAGAAAUCCUAGUACCACCGUCGGCAACCCUUAACGAUAUUAGCAAUAGCAGUAACAGCAGUUGUGGUAGCAGCAACAGCAGUAGCAAUAUCACUGCUCCCAUCAUCGGUGCUACUACUAUUCCUCCUCCAUCAAUAGCUUCACCAUCUUCGUCAUCGUCUUCGACGGCUUCAUCGUCGGCUGGAGCAACUGCAUCAGCAUCAUCAACACCUGCGAUAACAGCACCCAAUAGCAUUGAAAAUCCAACAUCGGGUAGUAGUGGAAUUGUUGCAAUUGGCAAUAAUAAUAAAAACCUGAGUACAACAACAGCAACAAUAACAGGAAAUAGUAGUAGCAGUAGCGGUAGUAGUAAUAAUAAUAAUAAUAGUAGCAACAGUAGUAGCAAUAGUAAUAAUAACACAAAUAUAAAGGCGACAACAUCAACUACGGCCGCUGUUGCGUAGUAAACAAGAAGUCGACGUAGUCGUUAUUAGUUUUACAAGUCAGUGGUUAGACAACUGGAGGAAUGUGUUUUUGAAAAAUAGUAGGGGGUUAAAUUUUAAUGCGGAUAAUAGUUUAGAGAUGAUUUACUGAAUGUAGAGAUAAAUUUUGAUCGAAUCAGAUAUUCAAAAAAUAGUUUUAUUGAAGUAUUCCAGCAGAAGUGUCACUGAACAUCUUCUUCUGCAACUACUGCAGGAAAAUGGUAAAAAGAAAUAGUUAUUGAAACUGAAAGGGAAGCCAAAGGCAUACCAAUAUUAGCUGGCGAAAAGAGAAGGUGUGUAUGAAGUUUGUAUGAAAGCAAAUAUUUUAAAAAUAAAUUAAUAGAAAAACAAAAAAAAAACACAAUUCAAUUAGUGCUAGUAGUCGUAGUAGAAUUAUUGGUAGCUUACGGUUGUUUUUAUGUAUGUAUAGCGAAAGAAAUAAAACAAAAACAUAAACAAAACAAAAAAAAUAAGAAAGAGCAGAAGAUAAAUAACAAGUCAUCAGCAGAAAUAAGAUUUGUUUAAUUUUAAAUAUUUGCUUUUAACGAUGCUGUGAUUGAAUAAAAAGAAAUGAUAACGACGAAAAGAAUUUUCCCGGGGCAAAUUGUUUUUUUUUUUUAUUUGUUUCUCUUUUCAUACACAAUUCUUGAUGAAAAAUAAAUACAAAAAUAAAACAGAAAAAAAAACUUUGAGACUGCGCCAGCGAUGUAUACGUGACGCAACAAUAAGAGAAUAUACUUAAAUAUUGCACUCAAUAUUAAAAAUUAAAUUAAUAUUAUAUAAAUAUACAUAUAUGUAUAUAAUAAUAUGUAUAUAUAUAUAUAACACAGUUUAUGUAAAAAAAAAUGAAAAAUAGGUAUUUUUCUAUUUGUUAUUUAAAAAAAAAAAAAAAUAAAAUAAAAAAAAACGAUGACUUUAAGUAAUCCAUGAAAUCAGCCAAAACAUAAAAGAACACAUUGAUGGUGACUGAUCAAAAUAAAAACAAAAUAUACACACACACACAAAACAUACAUAUAACGAAACUUGUAUAAAACAUAAUGAACAAACUCUUCAACAUAAAAAUAUAAAAUUUACAAAUUAAAUAUAAUAAAUAAUACUUGACUGCAAUUUUUAGCAGGAAACAGUAGAUAUGCGAUGAAUGUAACUUAAUUAUAUAUUUAAGUAAUUAUUAUUAUUAUUAUUAUGAUAAAGAUAUAUAAAUAUAUAUAUAUAAAUAUAACACUCUGAGACAAACCACACACUUAUUAAAUAUUUAAACAAAAUAAUACAUAAAUAUAAUAUUUCCUUAAAAACAAAAAAUGAAAAUAAACUAAUCUACUGAUUAGAAGCAACUUUAAAAGUUUAUAUAUAUUAACUAUAUUAAUGAUAAUAAUAAUAAAUAAUAAUAAUAAUGCUGAUGGUGGUUGCUAACAAUGAUGCAUGUUUGAAUGUGGAUAUUUUUAAAUCAAAGCUGUAGUUGUAUUUAAAUUUGUUUAAAAAUAUUUCUUAUUUGUUUUCAUUUUAAAACGUCGAAAAAAUACAUAUUAUACAAAUAUUGUUCUCUUAAAAAGUUCUACAUAGAAGGUUUAAUCUUCAAACACACACAAAAAAAAAUAUUAUGUAUAACUUCUGAUGUAUGUAUAAUGACUUUAAUAUAAAUAAUACAAUCUAAGCAUUGACUUUCUCUUCAAUAUUUAGAUUAAACAAAAUUAAAUUAAAAAAAAAUUAAAACAAGACAGAAGAUUUCACAAAUAAAUGAAAAUGAAAACAAAAAAUAAUGAUGACAACACACAUUAAUUAAGAACACAAAAAAAAAGAAUAAUUAUAAAAAUAACAAACUGCAUAUUUUGUUUUACAUUUUUAUAAAUAUUAAUUAAAUAUAAACUAAAUUAUAAUAAUAUAUAUAUUUAAAAAAAACAAAUAUAUAUGUAUGUUUAUCGUAAUUGUAUAUGUAAAAAAAAAUAAUUAUAGCGACUAUUGUAAUUGUAUAGGUUUUUUUUAUUUGCAAAUUAAUUAUACGAAACUAUUUUACAUAAAAUAAUAAAUAAAAAAAAGCAAAAAAAUACAUAAAAUGUAUGUAGUAGUAUUUUUUUUUUUAAUUUUUUAUAUAUAUUUCGCCUAUACACAGCCUCUCAUAGGUAACUUAUAAAUUUAUUUAAAAAUAAUAUACAGAAUGCAUGCUUAUUUACUAUAAAAAAAACAACUUUCAAUUAAAUGUGUAUACCUAUAGAUACUUCUGUUUUGUUUAAUAGUCUUUUUACAUUUCUUAUAUUUUUACUUGUUUUAAAUUUUUAUUAUUAUUAAAUUAAAUGCGUAAGUACAUAAAACGAGUAUUCAUUAAAAAAAAAAAUAAAUAAGUAAAUAAA